AUGUCAAUAGAAUCUGCAAGAACUGUAACUUUAGGAACAUUUGAAAAUAAUAAUAUGGUAACACCUAUAUCGACAAUAAACAAUAAUGAGCAAAUGAGUUCGGAAUUAUUAGAGUUGAGAUCGCGGGUUGAGCAAAUAGACAAAGAAAAGGAAGCAAUAAAAAAGGAAAAGCAAGAAUUGUUGACUCAUUGUGAAUCAAUUAAAGAAGAAAAGAAUCAAUUAGAAACACAAUAUCAAACUUUGUUAAAUAAACUAAAGGUUAUCGCAGAUAAAUAUAAAUCUAAUAUGGAUGAGCUAAAUAAAUCGCGUCAAGAAAAAGAUCAACUGAACCAACAAAAUCAAGAACUUUCAGAAAAGCUCAACAGAUUACAAUCAGAGAUGUCGGUUGUUAACGAAGGAAAUCAAAGGAUAACAAGUCAAUUGGAAACAUUACAAUCUCACAUUUUUGAGAUACAAGAACAAUCAGCCAAUGAAAUUAACGAGAAAGAUAAUUAUAUUAAAAAAUUACAAAACGAUUUGGAUCGUUCAGAGAGUGAAAGAGAAGAAUUGGAGGUUGUUGCAAUGGAAUUAAAAAGUGCCAAAGAGGUUUCACUUAACCGCAUAAAACAUUUUGAAAUGGAAACAGAAUUAUUAAGAAACGAAAAAGAAACUUUGAAAAUUGAAAAAAAUAAUGAAUCUGAAAGUUUGGCAAAUUUACAAGCCGUUUUAGAAGAAUUUGAAGCUGCUAAACAAUCUGAAAUAAAAGAAGCAGUUGAAGGAAUGCAGCGAAGGCUUUCUACAACUAGUAAAGAAUUAGCAGAAUAUAAAGAUAGAGCAUUGUUGGCAGAAAAUCAAUUAAGGCAAAUAAAACAAGAAGUUGGUAAAACUACUCAAUAUGAAAAAGAAAUCAAAGUCAAAAAUCUUUUGAUUGGCAAAUUACGACAUGAAGGUAAAAAUAAUGAAUUUGUGCAUCAUAAUAAGAAAUAUUUAAUUUAA